GGGAAUCAGGGUGUUGCUGCGGGGUGUCAGAUGCGGUAUCACCAUCGCGGCGCGAUAUGGCGUCACGCCGGGCUCGGCCCCGACCCCACCGAGGCUGUCGUUAUCUCCAAUCUGGAGCCGUGGGCGGCCAACUGUCGGAGAACAUGGGUAUUUUGAUAAAAGUGCUUGCAUGACCCGGUUUCUGCAGCUCUGAUGUGCAGAUAAAGUGUUUUGUAAAGUAACUUUGAAGUCUGACUGGGAACUCGAAACAACGAAAUGGGGAGUACAAGCCAGCCACAGCAGCUUCAAGUUGCCAUCAUCGGCGCAGGUGUCGCCGGUUUGACAGCCGCGAUCGCGUUGAAAGAGCAUCCUGGAAUCAACGUUCAGAUCUAUGAAAAGGCGACAGAGCUACGAGAAGUCGGCGCGUCUAUAGCUCUGGGGCCGAAUGGCUUGCGUACGUUGGAAAAACUGGGUGUUCACAAUGCCUUGGACGAUUCGAUUGCUUUCCGCAACAAAUCGGGUUAUCCAAUGAUCUACCGCCAUUACAAGACUGGUGAGAUCGUCUCGGUAGAUGAGCACCACGGAAGCGUGGAAGCGCGCCAUAAGACGGCAAGAUUCCACCGUCCACAUCUGCAGCAAGCUUUGCUCAAGCAUAUCGACCCUGCCCGUAUUCACCUCAAAAAGGCCUUUAAAGAUAUCGAGAAUGAAAAGUCAACAGGUAGGCUGAGGAUCACAUUUGCCGAUGGCACCGCCGUCAAGACAGACAUCCUCCUCGGCGCAGACGGCAUCCACUCUGGCGUGCGGAGCUUCUACGUCCCAUCAUCUCGGUCAAAGUGGACCGGCUGGACAGCAUUCCGCGCGGUUUACCCCGUCUCCCAUCUGUCUCACAUUCCCGAUAUUCCAGACGAGGCGGAGCACUGGUGGGGUAUCGAUCGGACGUGGUUCAUGUCGAAGCUCGGCAAGAAUCUUUUUUGUAUCGUCGCUUCUCACCAAAGCGACCCUGACGCACCAGAUGCGCUGUACAAAGACACAGUGUGGAAUACUGGCAGCGACAUCAACCUGCUCAAGAAGCACUACAGCGAAUGGCACCGCCUGGUGCGCGAAAUCAUCGAAGCGACGCCUGCGGAUUCAUUGAAGGUGUACCCCAACGCUUCUGCCCAUGGGCUAGAGAGCUGGGUUCUAGGCCAGGAUAGGGUAACAUUCGCUGGUGAUGCAGCGCACGCCCAUGGUGGAGCUUUCGCUGCGGGUGGAAGUCUCGCGAUUGACGAUGCCUGGGCUUUUGCGGCAUCGAUCCAGCACGUGUUUCCUCCUUCGGCUACGGAGCUCCCAUCGGCAGCAGACAUUGCGACAGCGUUGAAGUUGUAUGAGAAGACCCGGAAGUCGCACACGGACAGAGUGCUUGAUACGGUUCAUUCAACGAAUAAGAAAAAGGUUGAAAGGUUGGCUGUGGUGGAGAACGAUGAUGACUUGCGGGCGAGGAUGAAGAAUCGGGUUGAGCCUGUUUGGAUCCAUGAACAUGAUGUCGAGUUGGUAUUCAGACAGGUCUUGGCGCAGGAACAAAGUCUUGAAGCCUCAGGAGCGACAUCGAAUCCGUCAGAAGUACAGAUAGAAAGCCGCCUUUAGAUGCUGAACAUGGUGCAUGGUGCUCCGAAGUUGAGAAAUCUUGGUAGCUUUCGUGAGAGAAUCUCCCGAGAAAUCCCCUGAAAGUGGCAGCAGUGAUCUUGGUAUAUCUGAUGGAAUAUUCUGUGGAUGCUUUCGAAAUGCUGUAGCAACGAGUAGGCCAUCUAUUCGAUGAAGGUCUGCUAUCUGUCGUCUAUCACAUCCCAAUAGCACAUAUUGCGGAGACGCUCGAAUCUUGCCUGGAUCCUCACGGCGGAUAUGUGUAGCUUUCCCAGACCUCGUGCCAAUAUGGAAAUCAUAAGAAGCAGCAUUGAAUGAGCCCGUGUCUCGAGUAGAUGAAGUAAAGUUGGUUAAUCAAGUCGAUGCUUCUUGGUGAUGACUGGUGUUGGUUGGUGUUGGUUUGUGAGCAGACGGCGGGGAAGGGAGCUGAAGGUACGUCCCUGCGCUAGCCCCAUCAGAUCCCGCUGGUGGUCUGUG